UUAAUGAAAGAAACGAUCGAUCCGAAAGACAAACCCAAGACGACGUCUUUCACCAUCCAAAGAAUGGAUCAAGUGCAACAAAGACAACGGAGGCUGCAGCUGUUCCUGUUUGUCUUAAUAGGAAUAAAUCUCCUGUCGAUGAGGCAUAUCAACGAAGCAGCAAGCAAUGGCAACAUGAACAGCAAUACCGUUCUCUUUUGUCGGGCGUUUUCGUCGACGGCUUCGAGAGCCGCUCCGACGCGUCGACACGGCAACAACGGCCGCCAUCCCAAUAACUUGCACGAUCCCGACAACAAGGCGGUUGCACCAGGUUCAUCUGCAACCCCGAUGCGGUUGUUCUCUGGACGCAAUCCAGCAGACGGCGAGGACGGGCCGGGAGCCGGCCUCCCCGCACUCGGUCCAGCCGGAACAACCCGAGACGACGGGGGACAGAACGAUACGGGGUCCCGUUGCUCGGACCGUUCCGCGCAUAUCGACCCCGCAACGAUGCCAGAAUCCCACAAAAACAACACGGUCGCAACCUUUGUCAACCCGAAGUUUUCCCUCCAGUACACCUGCAACAUCUGCGAAACCAAGAACCGGGUGCUGGUAUCGAGACAGGCCUACCGGGAGGGCAUGGUCGUUGCCGUCUGCAAGGGAUGCAACAACAAGCACUGGAUUGCAGACAAUCUAGAUCCAACCCUCAAGGAAACGCCCAACAUCGAGGACUACCUUGAAUCCAAGGGAAUGGGGAACACUAUCCACCGCGUGUCGAAAGAGAUAUACGAGAUCGAGCGGGUUUGGGGAUUGAAGGAAGGCGUCCUCACGGACGACGAGGGGAAUCCAAUGCUGGAAUGAAAGAAGGAGCACAAAAAUUUAAGCUUCAAGAAAAGAAUAGCAUAAAA